UUUAAUACUUAAAUUAGGGUAACACUUUUGUUUUGUUUUGCUUACCAGCACGAUUUUUUAAAUUGCAAUUUCGGCAUGGCUGAAGAACCCGAGGAACCCGCCAAGAGCUUCGUUAUCUUCGGCCGUGAUGUGGCGCAAAUCCCGUGCUUUCGUAACAGUUUUCUCUAUGGAAUCAGUGGAGGAAUUGGAAUCGGCUUGCUAACUUUUCUGGGAACCUCGCGAACCCAUCUCUCCACCCACGUGGGAUUCGGAUCCUUUUUCUGCGGAACCAUUGCCUACUGGAUGUCGUGCAGAUAUCAGUGGUCCUCGAGGAGAUUCGAGCAGCAACAACUGCGGGAGGCUAUGCGACGACAAGCCUUAUACGAGGGCACCGAAGUCGAGAGGAAUUUAGAUCUUAAGUCGGCGUAGCAUAAGCCAGUCCAUCUAUACCUCUUCUAUUCUUGUUUUUGUACUCGGAUACCAAAUUAUUUGGGUAUUGUUAAAUACCUUUUGUUACUAAACAGUUUUAUAAUAGUCAAUAUAUUACAUUGUAAGUGCAAUCUUACUUGGAAGUAAUUUAUGCUUUAACCUAAUGGAUGAUGUGUUUUAUUAACCCAGAUUGGGAAUUAAUUAUGUUAACGUCUUCAACCGAAAUCUGUCCAUCAUUUUUAUUGCUAGUCGAGUGCUUAUAAAUUUCCUAAAACCUGUUGAUUUUUAUUGUAUUUUUCAUUUGAUUUAAACCUGACAGAUUUUGUAGAACAUUGAA